CCUGUUGGGCGGCCACACAGAUACUGAUUGGUGACGGAGGCAAGAGCAAGAGUGUGUUUACGUGCACUCAGGACCAACACGCUCCCUUUGCAUCAGAAUUCGUUCAGCCGCCACGACCCGUGAAUUCCGGAUGGUGACGAGGAUAGGAACGCCGUCCACUACAACUCCGACGCGACUAUGCAUAUCCCUGUGCAGCAAUCCAUGUCUUAUCGUUAUUUCUGCCGACGACCGGACUCGGAAAGCCUUGCGCACCUUCUACAUGCUAGCUGCUUAUCUCGUCUCCGCGAUAAGUGUCGUUGUACCGGUCAGUAUAAAACCCGUUUGGGUGACAGCCUGCUCUUCAUUCUGACCGCCAUGUCGAGCAAUAUCGAUGCUGCCGCUGUUGCUGACCUGCACAAACUAGGCUACGAGCAGGAGAUGACACGGGCGUGGGCU